GUCUUCCAGGGGAAUGUCAAUGCCGACGGUGUGGUACAGCACAAAUUUCUGCACUCUGUUAAAGCUCGCUUUACGCGGUUUGUGCCCCUGACGUGGAAUCCAAAUGGAAAUAUUGGUCUGCGGGUUGAAGCUUUCGGAUGCUCAUACAAAUCUGAUAUUGCAGAUUUUGAUGGGAGGAGCUCCCUCCUCUACAGAUUCAAUCAAAAACUGAUGAGUACCUUCAAAGAUGUUGUUUCCUUGAAGUUCAAGAGCAUGCAGGGAGAUGGGGUCCUGUUUCAUGGCGAAGGGCAGCAUGGAGAUUACAUUACCCUGGAGCUGCAAAAUGGGAAGCUUUCCUUGCACAUCAACCUGGGAGAUGCCAAGCUUCGUUUUGGUAACAGCCAUACCUCAGUCACCUUGGGCAGCCUCCUGGAUGAUCAGCAUUGGCACUCAGUUCUCAUUGAGCGAUUCAAUAAGCAAGUGAAUUUCACAGUGGACAAGCACAUGCAACAUUUCCGGACCAAGGGAGAUUCUGAUGACUUGAAUAUUGAUUAUGAGCUCAGUUUCGGAGGAAUCCCAGUCCCAGGAAAACCAGGAACUUUUCUGAAGAAAAAUUUCCAUGGCUGCAUUGAGAACCUAUAUUACAACGGAGUCAAUAUCAUUGACCUAGCCAAAAGACGGAAGCCACAGAUCCACACAGUGGGGAAUGUGACAUUUUCCUGUUCAGAACCACCAAUCACUCCCAUCACGUUUGAGAGCUCCAACAGCAGUUACCUGUUGUUACCCGGCACUCCCCAGAUUGAUGGCUUGUCUGUCAGCUUCCAGUUUAGAACAUGGAAUGAGGAUGGUCUGCUCCUGUCUACUGAAUUGUCAGAAAAUUCUGGCUCACUCUUGUUGUAUCUCCAGCAUGGCAGAAUGAUACUCAACAUCCAGAAAGGAACAGAGAAAUAUGUGGGCCUCACUGCAGGCAACAAUCUCUAUGAUGGCCUAUGGCACUCAGUUAACAUCAAUGCUAGAAGACAUCGCAUCACCUUAACUCUUGAUAAUGAUGUAGCAUCAGCUGUUCAUGCUACCACCAUUUCACAGAUUUAUUCAGGGCACAGCUAUUAUUUCGGAGGGUGCCCUGACAAUUUUACCGAUUCAAAAUGUUUAAAUCCCAUUAUGGCUUUUCAAGGUUGCAUGAGACUCAUCUUUAUUGAUAACCAGCCCAAGGACCUCAUUUUAGUUCAGCAAGGCUCCCUGGGGAAUUACAGUGAUUUGCACAUUGAUAUCUGUGGCAUCAAAGACAGAUGUUUACCAAACUAUUGUGAACAUGGAGGAAAAUGUUCCCAGUCUUGGAUGACAUUCUUCUGUGAUUGUAGUGAAACUGGUUACGCUGGAACAACCUGCCAUAACU